GAUGCAAUUCGCUCUUUUCCUUAUCCAAUCUAUCCGGUGGAGAUGGGUGAUGAGCUCUGCACGCAGCUCUCGAAGAACCCGAACUUCAUACUCCAGGGUUUUAUGGGUAUGCAAACUCAGAUUCAGCAGGCCGUUUCUGAUCUAGGUAUCAACCUAGAGGACUAUGGUAGAAAGGGCAAAGGCACUACCCGCACCAAAGGCAAAGGCAAAGGAAAGCGCACCGAACGCAGCAAAGGCUACCAGUCAGACAUGUACCGCAACCAAGCAGAGGAAGAACAGGAUACAGAUGAAGACUUUAAGCCCAAAGGUGGUAAAGGCUCUUGGCGCAAAAACUCUAACUACUGGGAUAGGCCUAGCUCUUCUAGGGACACUGGUAAGGGCUCCCGUGCGCAUUGGGACGAUUACCGCCGCCCGGCAAGCAGCAGGAUUGACUAUGGAGGCCCUAAGGAUCGCCCAGACAAAUGGUGGAAGGCGCGCGACUUCGAUGAAUACGACUCAAAGUUUGAUGAUUUGGUUCAGGACUCUACGCGCCGACGCAGAGAGGACGAUCGACAGCAGGAGGGUCGCCACACGCGUCAGCGUGGCCGAGGCUUGGAUGACCCUUCGCUCUUUUUUCCUUGUGAGGAGUGUAUGGCUCUAGAUACAACUGCAAAACUCCAGCAAGCCUUGUGUGAUCUCACUUACGAAGACCUUCACGACAAGCAAGCAACAGAUGUGCAAAAUUGGUUUUAUGCGGUAGCUUUUCCGGAGGAUAUCCUAGCCAAGCUCCCCAGAACAUAUGUAGAUCCAAAGUAUGAACCACACAAAUCCUCCUUCCUCAGAAACAAGUGGCCAGAAUGGAAGCAUUUAAAUCGGGCAAUUGGUGACGCCAACCCCCAUAGCUACAGCCGAAUGAUGAUGCUCUUCGAGGCGGCCUUGCGGCCAGCAGUUGAGGAGAUGCUCUAUUGUUUCGACUUACCCUCCCCAUCCAGAGUCCCAGGCUUUGCUGAUAUGGGUUGGGAUGAUUCCUCUCUUGUGGUUCAGGACCUUAUCCCGUGGAGGGAACUCAUUCGACAAUCGUACGCCCUGGCAAUGGAGCGGCGCGGUAUCCCUAAGGAAUGGGAUACCAGUUGUAUCAAACAGUUGUGCCACUCUCUUUUCUCGGACCAGCACGACUAUCUCUUUGAACAAGCUGUAGAUCAUCUCUGCGAUGUUAUCUUUAGGGAUGAAGAUAUGUGGACUGUCUUUGCGGGACACGCCCCUGGACAAACGAAGCCCUCAAAAAGCUAG